UCCAAAUUCAAUAUGGCGGAUCCAAUAUGGCCGACAAAAUAUCUAAAAAAGCAUCAAAACUGACUGAAAAUACAUACUUCAAGGUUGCUGAGGACUUUCUUGUCAUAUUCGCUGAAUAAAAUUUUAUUCAUGAGAUCAUAACAAUACCUUUUUCAUUAUUUAUCCCAUUAAGAUCAUUGAUUUUUUCCAAUGUAGCUUGAUGUUCAUCUAGAUUUUGAAUAACUAUUUAUUUUAAAUGAUAUUUUCAUUAUCAAGUUUCAAACAUAUAAAGUUCCCUCUUUCAAAAUUAUCAAUAGUUUAUUUGGGUAAUAGUCCAAAUCGUUGUCAGUUUGUACUUUUUUAGUUUUUGAGGAGCACAAUUCCUCAGGUAUCGUCAAAUAAUCUCAGAUUCUUGACGCAGGUGGUGUCCUAAAGUUACCAAAAAGGGGUUGACAUCGUUUGAGUUAUAAUUCGCUAUACUUUUGUAUGAACUUGAAUUAUAUCACAAAUAAACUAUUGAAUGUAAUUUCACAUUCAACAUGAGGAGGAAUUGGUUGCCAUUCCAAAUCCAGAUAAUUCUGGUUCCUCAGGUGGAGAGAGUUCGGAUGAUGAAACUGAUCGUGGAAAGGCCAAAGUAACUAUGACUUAUGACAAGAUCUGUAAAAGUUAUCGCGAAAAUCAAGAUAAAUUGGAAAAAGGUCAUGAGUUCAAAUGGGUGAAUGGCGAAAAAAAGUAUACAUGCGAUCUUAUGGAUAAAGUUUUAUUGAAGGAUACUCAGAAGAAACGUAUUAGAGAAAGCAAGCCAGUUGAACUUUUUGAACAAUUUUUCUCUGUAGAUAUGACAGACUAUAUGAUCGAUGCCAGCAAAGAAAAUGGUUUGAACUUGAAUAUGGAUGAUCUAAAUACGUUCAUCGGUAUUAUUUUAGUGAGUUCUUUCAACAAGCGGAAGUCUCAAAGAGAUUAUUGGGCUGCUGAUCCUUUUUUAUCGUGUGAAGUAAUUUCUUCCGCAAUGUCACGUAAUACGUUUGAAAAUAUAAAAUCUAAACUCAAAUUUUCGAAAACGAAAGAUGAAAAUACCGAUGAUAAAGGUUGGCGCGUCCGUGUUUUGCUAAAUAAAUUUCGAAAAAAUAUUCUCCAGUACGGUAUCAGGAGAACUGCCAUGUCUGUAGACGAAAUGAUGGCUAAAUCAUACGCGAGAACAUCAUUGAAACAGUUUAUUCGGGGAAAGCCUGUUCGAUUUGGAUUGAAAUUUUGGGGUCUUUGUACAGCAGACGGAUUUUUACUGAAUGUUGAUCUUUAUUGCGGAAAGAACUCAAUAAUUGGUGAGAAAUUAGCUAAAUGUGCUUUGGGUUCUCGCGUUGUUCUAAAUUUAUUGAAACCAUUUUUCGAAAUGGUUCCUGCUGGACAAGUUCCCCAGUUCCAUCUAUAUUUUGACAAUUACUUCACGAAUUUAGAUCUUAUGGUGCACUUGAAUAAACUACAAAUAAAAUGUACCGGGACCAUAAGAGAGAAUCGAGUAGCUGACAAGAACGUGAUCAGUAAGACGUCUAAACGCGGAACGUAUGUCGUGAAGCAUGAUAAAAACAGUGGCAUAAAUUAUAUAACGGCUAUGGAUUCGAAGUUAGUUUCAAUCAUAUCUACUGCUGCUGGAGUAACACUUUUAUCAGACUCUAAGAGGUACAGUUCGGAAUCAAAGGCCAAGAUUGAUAUACCGUUCCCACAAGCUUUUCAUCUGUACAAUCGAUUUAUGGGUGGGGUAGAUUUACAUGAUGGACAUUGUAACAAUGUUGCGCCGUGCAUCCGAUCCAAAAAAUGGACGUGGGUAGUUUUUAUCAGAUUGCUUCAAGCAGCAAUUGUGAAUGCCCUUGUGAUUUUCAAUGCUUGUGGAGAUGGUCAGAAUAAAGUUGGAACGAAAGAAUUUGUUAUGUCAAUAGCCAAGAGUUAUGUACAAAAGAGUCAAAUGAGGCGUAAUAUACACAAAAUUUCUCGACAAAGUAAACAAAAGAAGUGCAAAAAUUGUUCAAUCAGAACAUACAAUUUCUGUGAAGGUUGUGAUGCAUACUUAUGCAGUCCAUGUAUGAAAAAAGAUCACUAAGAUGUUUGAGUGAGAUGUAGUGAGCGGCAAGGGGACUCACAAUAAAAAAGCACCCCGAAAAGUGAGAGGCAAGGUGACUCACGAUAAAAAAGCACACCGAAAAGUGAGAGGCAAGGGGACUCACGAUAAAAAAGCACCCCGAAAAGUGAGAGGCAAGGGGACUCACUAUAAAAAAGCACCCCAAAGGAGACAGAAUUUUACUACGUCCACGCCGUUGUCUCUGGGUUAUGCAAAAAGUAGAAUAUAUAUUUUCAGUCAGUUUUGAUGCUUUUUUCGAUAUUUUGUCGGCCAUAUUGGAUCCGCCAUAUUGAAUUUGGAAAUUCUAUCCUCAGAUUCGUGAUCAGCGACCCCAAAAACCUUGAU